UUUUUGUUUUAGAAGUUUCAUUUUUAUUUCUUUAAUAUCUCGUAUUCAUUAAAAAAUAUGCUUUCUAGGGGGCCCACAGUGAUCACGGGGCCUAAGCAACUGCUUGUAAUGCUUAAUGGAUAGGGCCAGCUCUGUUUGCAGAUUCAGAUUUUACACUUAAAACAUAUGAUCACCUUAUAAAAAGUGAUGCAUGACGAAUGAUUUAACCACCCAACAGCAUGUAAAGUUGUUCAAUUUAGUUCAAACUAUUAAAUGCUGCUUGAAAAUGUAAUAAUGGUCAAAAUAUGAAAGUGAAAGAGGGUAUUUUGAUGUUUUAAGUACAUUUUCCUUCACUUGUAAUCCACUAUUUCUUUCCACAUUGUAGUAUUGCUACUUUUACAUAGUAAAAUAUCCACUGGCAAACACUCCUGUUGCGUGAAAAAAGUGACAUGGCUCAUUCAGAAGUCGUCUCCUCUAAGGCUACAGAGGCACAUUUAUCAGAGUGAGAAAAAGAUUUUCACUCACUGAUGAAAUACAGAUGGCGUCUCCACGGAGCGCACGCCUGUUGUUGUGUGUGCACACAGAAGAGAAGCGCAUGCAUGUUUGCGUAUAAAAAGCAUCUGUUCAACACAGUUCUGGCCAUUUGAAGCCAAGAGCUGAACGCAGGAAGGAAUACACUAUCUGAACGACAACCACGGGAUUAUGUUGGACUUAACUCCGCUGUGGAAUUCAUCCCACCUGUCCACAGCCAUCAAGGAAACCUGCUCUAUCACACUCCACAGCAUCUCUACCCUCCCUGGGCUCCAUCUUCAGUGAUGGCUGAGUGGAGCUGGGUGGCGUACACAGUACUAGAAGUGAUUAUUGCUGUGGCGUGCUGCCUUGGUAAUGUGCUGGUGGUGUGUGCGGUGUGUGUUGGUAUCCGGGAUUCUCUCCGGGAGCCCACUUUCUGCUUCCUUGUUUCCCUGGCAGUGGCUGACCUCCUAGUGGGUGUGGCCGCUGUGCCCCUGGCUGUACUGUUGGAUGGCUGGGUGAGUGUGACCCCUGACCUGUGCCUACUUCUAAGCUGCGUUGUGCUUGUGCUGACUCAGGCCUCUGUGCUGUCACUGCUUGCCAUUGCCGUGGAUCGAUACCUGCGGUUACACACGCCACUCAGAUACAAAGCCCUGGCUACACAGAGGCGUACAUGGAUGGCUGUGUCUAUGUGCUGGAUACUCUCAUGUCUGCUGGGGUUCACCCCUCUGUUUGGUUGGCGCAACUACUCCUCUCUACCAUCUGACUCCACCAAUACAUCCUCCUCCUCCUCCUCCUCCAUCUCUCCACCAUGCACCUUCCUCUCAGUGAUCUCUCUCCCCUUCAUGGUCUACUUCAACUUCCUGGGAUGUGUCAUGGCACCCCUGCUGGUCAUGACCCUGCUCUACACUAGAAUCUUCUGGAGCCUGCAGGGUCGUCUCAAGGACAGCUGUCCCCAAGCCAAGGCCUCUCUGCUCAGGGAGAAGAGGCUGGCCCUCUCCCUGGCUCUGGUUCUCAUUUUGUUUGCCGGCUGCUGGAUUCCUCUGCACCUAAUGAACUGUCUGCUGCUGUUUCAGGGUCCUCAGGCUGUCACACAGGGGACACUCUAUACAGGUAUUCUCCUGUCUCAUGCCAACUCAGCAGUCAACCCCGUGGUCUAUGCUUGUCGCAUCCCAAAGAUCCAACAAGCCUACAGUCAAAUAUGGAGACGCUUCCUCGUGAGGCUGAACUGUUGCCAUGGGGACGAGCAACUUCGCCGAUCAAUAACAGGCAGCCGAGCCAAUCGCACAGAGACAUGUGGAUCAGGAGGGAAGACCACACCCUUAGAAAAGACCAGAGGGUCAUUUUCAGUCCAGUAUGUUUGAGGUUUGAGUUCAUGGGACUUUUGACAGGAAGUUUUCACCCACUCACAAGAAAAUCACUGCAUCCAACAAUCAUUUAAGGCUUUAUUAAACAUGACCAACUAUGAGAAUACAGACAGCCAGUGAGAGUUUGAAUUUGUGUGUAGUGUUUGGUUUGAAUGGAUCCCUGCAUUCUCUCACUUUGCCACGGCAUUCAGUCGCAACUUUAAGUUAGCAAAGCUAUCUCAAGAGUCGCCACUAGAGGGUGCUGUAGACUAACAAACACAACAGCUGCUGCUGUACACAAACCAUGAAACCAUCAGAGUUGCAGUGGGUGACACACAAUUUCAAGGUUUACUCUUUUUGGACCACUGAUUUGAGGCAAAUAUGACUUUAUUGAGAUGUACAUAUUUUUGUCAUGUGAUAGCUUCUAUCAAUUCAUCACUAACUCUUUGCCGCACUUGCUCCUGUCUUUCUGAGAUCUCUGAAUAAAUGUGAUACUUAGCCACGA